GGAGGCGCCGGGGAGGAGCCGCCACUGCCAGCUUCGCCCGAGCCGAGCGAGCGCACUCUGUCGCCCCGCGGGUUACCAGCCUUGCGGCCCCGUGGGGAGGGAGCGCGGGCCACCAGAGCCGCCCCCGCCCGCAGGAGCCACCGGCUGGGUGUUCACUCUCGGCCGCCACCCGCCACCCCGGGCGCUGCGCAGAGCUCUCCGCGCGGCCUCGGUGACCGCGGCAGCCCCUCCUGUCACUCCCCCCCCCUGCCCCUUCGGGAGCGCUCUGCCCGUCGGCCUCGGCCAAAGGAGGAGGAGGAGGAGGGAUCGCGGCGCGGGCUGGUCUGGCCACCUAGCCCCGCGCGCCCCGCCCCUGCGCGCACUCCCUCGCCGGCGAGCUACUUUCGGACAAGGAAAGUGAGGGCGGCCCCGGGUGACAGCGCGGCGGCGCCAGUCCCGGGAAGCCGAGUCUGUUCGCGUGUCGCCCGUCGCACGGUCCAGACUCCGCCAUGGCUUCGACUACCACCUGCACCCGGUUCACCGACGAGUAUCAGCUCUUCGAGGAGCUCGGAAAGGGGGCAUUCUCAGUGGUGAGAAGAUGUAUGAAAAUCCCUACUGGACAAGAGUAUGCUGCCAAAAUUAUCAACACCAAAAAGCUUUCUGCUAGGGAUCACCAGAAACUGGAAAGGGAAGCUAGAAUCUGCCGUCUCUUGAAGCACCCCAAUAUUGUGAGACUUCAUGACAGUAUAUCAGAAGAGGGCUUCCAUUACUUGGUGUUUGACUUAGUUACUGGUGGUGAACUGUUUGAAGACAUAGUGGCAAGAGAAUAUUACAGUGAAGCUGAUGCCAGUCAUUGUAUACAACAGAUUCUAGAGAGUGUAAAUCAUUGUCACCUAAAUGGCAUAGUUCACAGGGACCUGAAGCCUGAGAAUUUGCUUUUAGCUAGCAAAUCCAAAGGAGCAGCUGUGAAACUGGCAGACUUCGGCUUAGCCAUAGAAGUUCAAGGAGAUCAGCAAGCGUGGUUUGGUUUUGCUGGCACACCUGGGUAUCUUUCUCCAGAAGUUCUGCGUAAAGAUCCUUAUGGAAAACCAGUGGAUAUGUGGGCAUGUGGCGUCAUCCUCUACAUCUUGCUGGUGGGAUACCCACCCUUCUGGGAUGAAGAUCAGCACAGACUGUAUCAGCAGAUCAAGGCUGGAGCUUAUGAUUUUCCAUCACCAGAAUGGGAUACAGUGACACCUGAAGCCAAAGACCUCAUCAACAAAAUGCUGACCAUCAACCCUGCCAAACGCAUUACAGCCUCUGAGGCCCUGAAACACCCAUGGAUCUGUCAACGCUCUACUGUUGCUUCCAUGAUGCACAGGCAGGAGACUGUAGACUGCUUGAAGAAAUUUAAUGCUAGGCGGAAAUUGAAGGGCGCCAUCUUGACAACUAUGCUGGCUACGAGAAAUUUUUCAGCAGCCAAGAGUUUGUUGAAGAAACCGGAUGGAGUAAAGGAGUCAACUGAGAGCUCAAAUACCACCAUUGAGGAUGAAGAUGUGAAAGCCACAGUUUGCAGGGCCUGUCGCUGUAUGCCACAAUGCCUCUCCACCUCCUAACACACCCAGCACCGUUCCUCAACGUCAGCUCCUUCCUGAUGAGCACACGUCUGUUUGCUCCACCUGAUCUUCUUUCCCAGCGUGCCAGAGUGCAUGUCACCUGUGGAAGUUGCACUUUUGUAUGUCCUUAUCAUCUGUCUCUCAUCCUGCUUCCAGCAUGUCACUUCAGCUCACCACUCAGCAGCCACUCACUCGGAUCUCUUGCUGCAUGCCUUGCAGGUCUAGCCCAGUACAGCUCAACAUAACAAGCCAAAAUCGGUACCUCUGAGGUUAACUGGCAGGAGCUGCAUCCUUGCUCAACGCUUUUUCUAUUUCCUAUGGUGGUGGUAAAGAAGCUGUAUAGGAUGCUUCCAGAAGGCCCUGUUACAGACAAAGAUGCUGGAGCCUUGCCACCUGCAUGGGAUCUGGUGUCUGAUAACACCCAUUGUCAGUUCCUGAGCUAAUCUAUCAAUCUCUUGGUGAAUGAGCUUUGUGCAUGUGUCCUGUGAAUCUGCGAAUUAGUAUACAGUAUGAUUGUCAACGUCUUAGCCUCAGUGACCCUUAUGGACUGUUGCCUUGAGGAAUACCUUCCUUUCUGUGUGAGGCUUCCUGGGAUCAAAUAGUGCUGCUCUUCUUCAGACCUGCAUGCUACUGGUUGCUCAGGACAUUUCUUUCUUGCACUUCUCACUUGCAGAAGACAUAGGAAUCAAGAAACCCCUUUGUUUGAGGAUUGAGGAUCAACCAAGUGUGUCUUAGACAGCCUGCAGCAUAUACAAUAAUUCCUUUUAGAUUUCUAAUCCAUAAAUUAGCUUUUGAUGUCUUUAAAGAAAAUAAUUCAUCUACUUGCAUGUACUUACCUGUAAAUCUUUAGAUUCUUAAAGAAUCAGAAAUACAGAAGUCAUGCAAAAUUUACUCUGCUCUAACUUUCAGGGCAUAAACAUUUUUCUUUUCUUUAGACUUUUUCUUUUUUCUAGCCAUUCCUCUAGUUUACCUAAAAUAAUAUAGACUUACUGUUUUUCUCAGUACCAGCUGCCUCCUGUCAAGCUUGAAUCUUGAGGCUAUCAGCACUCGUGUACCUCACGUUUGUGUUAGUAGCCCUUCUGACAAAACACAGGGUCAAACUGUUGUUGGCCCAGUUAAGACAAAGAGAGAGCCUGGGAGAACUACAUUUCAAUAAUAGAAAAACAAACUCACUCUGUAUUUUAGUAAACUAUGGGCUUAGAGGUUCUAUAAAUAGAAUAUUUUGCAAUUUUAUAAAAGCUAAUUGUUUUACAAACCUUUAUGAAACCCUGGGUUCAACCCCCAGUACUGGAAAAAUAGGUAAAACAUAAUAUAUCACUAUUUUAUAAAAUGUUCCAUGAAUAUUAAACACAUAUACAGCCAGGUACCACACCUACAUGUUUCUCAUGUGACAAUUCAUCCAAGGAUCCGAAAUGAUUGGAAUUAUUGGGGAGGGGGCUCUGUUCCAAAAUAAAAGAUGUCAAGACAAGUCAAGAAAAACAAUUCUGAGUGCGCAUGACAUCAUCCUCCUCCAACACAAGCAGGACAAGUGUGUACGCAGGAUUUGCCUUUACACUAUGUCAGGUGUUAUAAGAUUCUGAUGGUGACUUAAGUACAGACAGAUGUAGGCAGGUUACACUCAGAGCUAUCCCAUUAUAUACAAAGGACUUGAGCCUCCUUAGAUUUUGUUGUCUACAAGCAUCUGGGAAUUCUCUGUGGGUAUAUUUUAAGAUCCCAUCUGUCAGCUUCUAAACCUUGAUUAGAUUAUGACUUCUCUCUGCCUACAGUUGACUUCUAAUAGCACAAUUGAGAUCCUGAAAUCACUACUGUAGCCUUGUAAGCUUUUUUUCUAUACUACAGUGAUGUAACUAUUAACAGAUUGUCACAAGAUCUAAUUUUCGAAGCAUAUACAAGUGUGCAUUUUGAAAUAGUAUAUUAUAAAACAUCUCUAUGUUAGCUAUGUAAGCUACCCAAAAUGAUCAAAAAAAAAUAGAUUUAAUUCCAAGCUGAAAAGCACAAAAUCGUUUAAUAAUUUGAUGCAAUGUAGAGAAUAUGUUUAUAAUCGGAAGAACCUACUAACAUAAGUAUGUAUGUUGUCAGUUGCACUAUAAAGUGAGUAGUUUAAACACAACUAACAAACUAGUACAAACUCUUAUGGGGGCACAUUUCAUUUUCUAAAAUUAUCAGCCAUGCAAGAUUAUGAUAAAAUCUAGGGGCUAGAGAUUUGGAUUCAUGGGUAAAACUGCAUAAGUGUGUGGACCUAAGUUUGAAUCCUCAGAACCCACAUAAAAGCACAUUACACGUAUCUGUCAUACUACUGGGGAGUGGGAAUUGGAGACAGAAGAACACCUAGAAGCUCUCAGGCCUACUAGCCUGAAGUAUAGAGCUGAAGAAUAACAAAUAAAAUCUGUCUCAACACAGGUAGGAGUGAGGAGCAAAGCCUGAGGUUAUCCAUUGACCUCACAUGUACCCAACGUAUAAAUAAAACAACUUUUUAAACUAGAUAUCUAAAGCCAAUAGUUGAACUCAUUAUUUCUGUAUAGAAGUUAAAUCUCAACUAUUUACUGGUUUUCUUACUAUGAAUUUUGUAUAAUUCUUUAAUUACUUAAAAAUCUAUCUCCUUCUGAGUAUAUACUGUUUCCUGCUAAUAAAUAUAUCUGAAAAUUCUGUAAAA